AUGGCGGCCGCCUCGCCCAUGGCCCCCACUGGGGUCUCCCCAACAGGUGGCGGAGGCACCCCCGGGCUGCUGCAGCCCCGCUGGAAGCGGGUGGUGGGCUGGUCGGGGCCCGUCCCCCGUCCCCGCCACGGCCACCGGGCCGUGGCCAUCAAGGAGCUGAUCGUGGUCUUCGGAGGGGGCAACGAGGGCAUCGUGGACGAGCUGCACGUCUAUAACACAGCUACAAACCAGUGGUUCAUCCCAGCUGUGCGGGGAGACAUCCCCCCUGGCUGUGCGGCUUAUGGGUUUGUUUGCGAUGGGACUCGCCUGCUGGUGUUCGGUGGGAUGGUGGAAUAUGGCAAGUACAGCAACGACCUCUAUGAACUUCAGGCCAGCCGCUGGGAGUGGAAAAGGCUGAAAGCCAAAACUCCCAAGAACGGGCCCCCACCCUGCCCACGCCUCGGCCACAGCUUUUCUUUGGUGGGCAACAAGUGCUACCUAUUUGGGGGGCUGGCCAAUGACAGCGAAGACCCCAAGAACAACAUUCCCAGAUACCUGAACGACCUCUACAUCUUGGAGCUGCGUCCAGGUACUGGUGUGGUGGCCUGGGACAUCCCUAUCACCUACGGGGUGCUGCCUCCCCCGCGGGAGUCCCACACUGCCGUGGUGUACACGGAAAAGGACAGCAAGAAAUCCAAGCUGGUCAUCUACGGCGGAAUGAGCGGCUGUCGUCUGGGCGACCUCUGGACACUGGACAUUGAUUCUUUGACAUGGAAUAAGCCCACAUUGAGUGGUGUGGCCCCUCUUCCGCGCAGCCUGCAUUCGGCCACAACCAUCGGGAACAAGAUGUACAUGUUUGGGGGCUGGGUGCCGCUCGUCAUGGACGACGUCAAAGUGGCCACGCACGAAAAAGAGUGGAAAUGCACAAACACUCUCGCUUGCCUCAACCUAGACUCCAUGGCUUGGGAGCCCAUUCUGAUGGACACGCUAGAGGACAAUAUCCCUCGGGCACGAGCCGGCCACUGUGCCGUGGCCAUCAACACACGCUUGUAUAUCUGGAGUGGCCGUGACGGCUACCGCAAGGCGUGGAAUAACCAGGUCUGCUGCAAGGAUCUCUGGUACCUGGAGACAGAGAAACCUCCGCCGCCUUCCCGGGUGCAGCUGGUCCGCGCCAACACCAACUCCUUGGAAGUCAGCUGGGGCUCCGUCCCCACUGCCGACACCUACCUGCUGCAGCUGCAGAAGUACGACAUCCCGGCCGCCACCUCACCAGCUGCCAACCCCGUGCCCUCGGUGCCUGUCAACCCCCCCAAGAGCCCUGCUCCUGCGGCGGCUGCCCCAGCCAGCGCCGUGCAGCCGCUGGCACAGAUGGGCAUCACGCUGCUCCCCCAGGCCACAGCUGUCGCCGCCGCUACCGCCGCCGCUGUGGCUCCCGCGCCGCCGACCACAACCACCGUGCAGGUGCUGCCAACCGUGCCUAGCAGCCCUAUGCCGAUGCCCGCGCCUGUGGCUGCCGCCGCCCCCCGCCCACAAGUAGCGGUACCAGCCAUGCUGAAAGUCACCGGCCCGCAGGCGACCACCGGGCCGCCCCUGGUCACGGUGCGUGCAGCGGGGCAGGCUGGGAAAGGCCCGAUGACGGUGACUUCUUUGCCAGCAGGCGUGCGCAUGGUGGUGCCCGCGCAGACCACUCAAGGGACAGUGAUUGGCAGCAGCCCUCAGAUGAGUGGCAUGGCUGCUCUGGCGGCAGCGGCUGCCGCCACUCAGAAAAUCCCGCCCUCCUCCACCCCAACGGUGCUCAGCGUCCCUGCCGGCACCACCAUAGUGAAGACGGUGGCCGUUUCUCCCGGCACCACCACGCUGCCCACCACAGUCAAAGUUGCCUCUUCUCCCGUCAUGGUGAGCAACCCGGCAACCCGCAUGUUGAAGACGGCGGCCGCCCAGGUCGGCACCUCGGUCUCGUCCACCACCAACACACCCACCCGGCCCAUCAUCACCGUGCACAAGUCGGGCACCGUCACUGUGGCCCAGCAGGCCCAGGUGAUGACCACGGUGGUCGGCGGGGUGACCAAGACCAUCACCCUGGUGAAGAGCCCCAUCUCGGUACCUGGAGGCAGCGCGCUGAUUUCCAACUUGGGUAAGGUGAUGUCUGUCGUUCAGACCAAACCGGUCCAGACGUCGGCCGUGACGGGACAGGCGUCCUCUGGCCCCGUGACCCAGAUAAUCCAAACCAAAGGGCCCCUGCCCGCGGGCACCAUUUUGAAGCUGGUGACCUCUGCGGACGGGAAGCCUACCACGAUCAUCACCAGCUCCCAAGCGGGCGGCACGGGCACUAAACCCACCAUCCUGGGCAUCAGCAGCGUGUCUCCGAACACGACGAAGCCGGGCACCACCACCAUCAUCAAAACUAUCCCCAUGUCGGCUAUCAUCACUCAGUCUGGAGCGACAGGAGUCACCAGUAGCCCCGGGAUCAAGUCCCCCAUCACCAUAAUCACCACCAAAGUGAUGACGUCCGGCACUGGCACCCCCGCCAAGAUAAUCACGGCGGUGCCCAAGCUGACCGCGAGCCAUGGGCAGCAGGGCUUGACACAGGUGGUCCUGAAAGGAGCCCCGGGGCAGCCCGGCACCAUCCUGCGGACCGUCCCCAUGGGGGGAGUGCGGCUGGUCACCCCUGUCACCGUGUCUGCCGUCAAGCCCACCGUCACCACCUUGGUCGUGAAAGGAACCACAGGCGUCACGACUUUGGGCACCGUGACGGGCACUGUCUCCACCAGCCUAGCUGGGACUGGCGGGCACAACACCAACGCCUCCCUAGCCACCCCGAUUACCACUCUGGGCACCAUUGCUACACUUUCCAGUCAAGUCAUCAACCCGGCCGCCAUCACGGUUUCAGCAGCGCAGACCACCUUGACGGCCGCAGGAGGCCUGACCACCCCCACCAUCACCAUGCAGCCUGUCUCCCAGCCCACCCAAGUCACCCUGAUCACAACACCCAGUGGCGUCGAGGCCCAGCCUGUGCACGAUUUGCCCGUCUCCAUCUUGGCUUCGCCCACCACAGAGCAGCCCACGGCCACGGUCACCAUCGCCGAGUCGGGGCAGGGCGAUGCCCAGCCAGGCACCGUCACCCUGGUGUGCUCUAACCCGCCCUGCGAGACGCAUGACACUGGCACGACCAACACUGCCACGACGACUGUGGUCGGCUCUCUGGGCGGGCCAACCCAGGUGCAGUUUGUGUGCGACGGGCAAGAGGGCAUUGGGCUUCAGCACAACGGCAGGGUGGUGCGGGUCUGCUCCAACCCGCCGUGCGAGACCCACGAGACGGGUACCACCAACACAGCCACCAACGUGUUCAGCACCGGGCAGAGGAGGGUCUGCUCCAACCCACCGUGCGAGACCCACGAGACGGGCACCACCAACACGGCUAGCACCUCCAGGACGGAGAGGACUCCCACACAGCCUCCGUGCCAAACUUUCCAAACCAGCGCCACGAGUACCACCAUGACGGUGAAGCCCAUCGUGGGCACGGGCCAGCUCGUCUGCUCCAACCCGCCCCGUGAGACGCACGAGACGGGCACCACCAACACGGCCACCACUGCCACCUCAAACAUGGGCCGGGGGCAGCCCGACGGCGGGCAGAAAGAGCCGAGCGACCCCCAGUGCCAAACGCAGCAAACCAACACCACCAGCACCACCAUGUCGGCCAAAGCAGACGUGCCCACAGAGCAGCCCUGCGCGGUUCGGAUGGUGAGCUCGCUGCUGCCGGGGACUGGGGCGCCCAGCUCCGCCUCCAGUACCGCCCCGGGCCAGGCUGGCGAACGGCCACCCGCCCCGAGAACCCUCCAGUGUGAAUCCCACCACACCCACACCACCAACACCGCCACCACGGCGCGGUCCCUCAUGGGCCGAGGGCAGCCCGAGGGCGAGUGGGUGGGAUCUGCCAACCCUCCGUGCCAAACACAGCAGACCAGCUCCACCAGCACCACCAUGUCUGCCAAAGCCAACGUGCCUGCACAGCAGCCGUGCACAUCCCCGACAGCCUCCCCGGAGUUGGCCGCGAGUCCGGUGCCCCCACCUGCCACUUGCGAGACCGACGCCAAGACCGCCAGCCCCCCCGCGUGUUCCACCCCGCCCUGCGAGACCCACAAGACGGGCACCACCAACACGACGACCGUCGCCGCUUCGAACAUGGGCGCCCCCCAGCGGGUGUGCUCCAACCCCCCGUGCGAGACCCACGAGACGGGCACCACCAACACGGCGACGACGGCCACUUCCAGCAUGGGCACCGGGCAGCAGCAGCAGGUGUGCUCCAACCCUCCAUGCGAAACCCACGAGACCGGUACCACCAACACGGCCACCACCACGACCUCAAAUGUUGGCGCCGCGCAGCAGCAGCAGGUGUGCUCCAAUCCCCCUUGCGAGACCCACGAAACGGGCACCACCAACACGGCCACCACGUCCACAUCGAACAUGGGCGGUGGGCAGGGGGAGAGCGCUCAGCAGGCGCCCGCGGUACCACCCUGCGAAACGCAGCAGACUGCCUCCACCGGCACCACCAUGACACCCAACAUUGAAGAUCAGCCCCCGGCGACCAACGGGCAACAGGGAGAACCCGAGAGCACGCUAACGGAGAGUGCCGCCGCUGGCAGCCCCGGUGCCGUCACCACCACCAUCCCCUCCACCCAGACCAGGGCCGUUACCACCGUCACGCAAUCCACGCCCCCGCCAGGACCCUCGGUGCCGAACAUCUCAUCCUUGGCUGACGCCCCUGCCGAGGAGGCGGCUCCCCCCGCCGAGGCUCUGGCCGCCACCAGCACAGACGCUCUCCCCGGGGCUGCCGAGCCACUGCGGCCCUCAGCAGAGAUGCCAGCAGCCGUCUCUGGCCCGCCAGCUGUUGCCCCACCCGCCCUGCCGGCCAUCGCCCCACCCGCAGAAAGCCCGCCGGCCGUCGCCGCUCCCCAACCGGAGCUCCCGGCCCCCGUGGAAGAGGCGCCCUCGGCCCCCGCUGCCCCCGCCCAGGAGCCCAUGGCCAUGGUGGUGCUGCCGCCGGCUGCCCCCGCAGCCCCUCCGCCUUCCGAGGUGGAGCCGCUGGCUCUGCCCCAGGAGCUGAUGGCGGAGAGCCAGGCCGGCACGACGCUGAUGGUGACGGGCCUCACGCCUGAGGAGCUGGCGGUGACGGCUGCCGCGGAAGCCGCUGCCCAGGCAGCCGCCACGGAGGAGGCCCAAGCCCUGGCCAUCCAGGCCGUCCUGCAGGCGGCCCAGCAGGCCGUGAUGGGCUCUGGUGAGGCCAUGGACACUUCCGAGGCAGCAGCGGCACAUGCCGAGAUGGGCCACGAGAGCCAGCCCACGACCAUUCCCAUCGUGCUCACCCAGCAGGAGUUGGCGGCCCUCGUGCAGCAGCAGCACCAGCUCCAAGAGGCUCAGGCGGCGGCCGCAGCUGCAGCUGCCGCCGCCGCUGCCGCCGCCGCCACCCAGCAGCACCCGCCUCAGCACCCGCUGCCCUCCCACUUGCCGACGGAAGCACUGGCCCCCGCCGACAGCCUCAAUGACCCGGCCAGUGAGAGCAACGGCCUGAACGAGCUGGCCAGCGCCGUCACCAGCACGGUCGGGCUGCUGCCCCCCACGCCCACGGAGAGCCUUGCACCCUCAAACACCUUUGUGGCCCCACAACCCGUGGUAGUAGCCAGCCCGGCAAAACUUCAGGCGGCAGCUGCUCUGGCAGAAGUAGCGAAUGGGAUCGAACCCGCUCCAGUGAAACCCGAGCCUCCCGCGCAGCCUCCAAAGGUGGUUGUGAAGAAGGAAAACCAGUGGUUUGACGUCGGCGUUGUCAAGGCAACCAACAUGAUGGUGACGCACUACUUCCUGCCAGCAGACGAUGCGCCCGCCACCGAGGACGACUCGGGCACUCUCCCGGAUUAUUCCCAACUCAAGAAGCAGGAGCUGCAGCCCGGCACGGCAUAUAAAUUCAGAGUGGCCGGAAUCAACGCCUGCGGCCGGGGCCCCUUCAGUGAGAUCUCUGCAUUCAAGACGUGUCUGCCUGGCUUCCCUGGAGCCCCCUGUGCCAUUAAGAUCAGCAAGAGUCCAGACGGAGCCCACCUGACUUGGGAGCCCCCCUCUGUGACUUCCGGGAAGAUCACGGAGUACUCGGUGUACCUGGCCAUCCAGAGCGCCCAAGCCGGCGAGCCCAAGAGCGCAGCCCCCGCCCAGCUGGCCUUCAUGCGGGUCUACUGCGGGCCCAGCCCCUCGUGCCUGGUGCAGUCCGCCAGCCUCUCCAACGCCCACAUCGACUACACCACCAAGCCAGCCAUCAUCUUCCGCAUCGCGGCCCGCAACGAGAAGGGCUACGGCCCCGCCACCCAGGUCCGGUGGCUGCAAGAGUCCAAUAAGGACGGCUCCAUGGUGAAACCAGCCAACAAGAGGCCGCUGUCCUCACCUGAUCUGAAAACUGCUCCAAAGAAGCCCAAGGCAGAAGGACAGUGAAGGGGCGUCCCCCAGCUGUCCCCUCUUC